GCAAUUUUCACGCAGCGGUAUAUUUUAUUUCCACAAAAAUCUGCGGGAAACACCGAAGUGGGAAAAAUGACAGUUGACUGCUUAUUUCUGGAGAAUAUCGAUGAAUACGUUAAUGAUGAGAGUAAAAUAGUGACAUACAAGUGGUUGAGUCAAACGCUACAAGUAAAUUGCAAUGUCGCUAAACAGAUGUUGUACCAGUUUGUGCAGACAGAGAGGAAUGAGAAAGGCAAUGACAACAUCACCGUCACUUACUUUGUGUCCGGGUUGACAAAGCCGGAUGGGGAAGGCGUACAGGCUUUCAAGUGCGCAGUUGUACCGGAGGAAAAACUAACCAGUUACAAGGACUCGUAUGCAGCGGUCACCAGUUGCCAUGUGUACAGUGUACAAAAAUCACCACUCAAGGAUUCCAACGCCUUAUACACGACUGAUUAUGAAAAAUUCAAAGAAAAUGUAUUUGAAUCCAACAAGUUUAGCAGCAUAGCGUACAGUAAGGCAGAAGCACGGUCCAAAGAGGAUAUGGAAAUGUUGACCAUGAGCCAUGUGCCAGAAACUGUUUCUGAAAAGAAGGCAGCCCCAGUAAGCGCUAAGCCAGCACAGAAGCCGAUGACAAAGUCUGCCAUUCAGAACAUGUUCGCAGCUAAAGCAGAGAAAAAACCCGCACAGGAGAAGGGGAAAGCUGAGAAGAGCCCACAGAAACAAGAAGAGCCCAAAGCGAAACAAGAGCAAAAGGGGAAAGGCAAGGCAGCAGCCAAAAAGCAAGGAGGAAUGACAGCAUUCUUUUCAAAACAAGCAGAUAAGAAGCCAGAAACCUCUGUAGCUGCAGCUAAGAAGACUGAGAAGAUUUCGCCUGCGAAGAUGAAUGUAUCGCCAGCUAAAUCUGCAACAAAGAAAACACCUCGUCAGGAGGACUCUGAUGAUGAGGCCAUCUUCCAGAGGAAACGUCGGCGUACAGAUCAGGAUCUGUUUGACAGCGAGAGUGAAGAGGAGAUGGAAGCAGAGCCAGAAAGCCCCGUCCCACCAACUCCUCCAAGGGAGAAAACUCCUGAACCAAAACCAGACUCUCCAGUGAUUGAGGUAGAAGAGGACCCCAUACCAAACAAUCCUCCAAUUGAAGAGUCAAACAAAGGAGGGAAGGGAAAAAGAAGAGUUAAAAGGCGCAAACAUGUCAAUAAAACUUACAUGGAUAAAGAUGGCUUUAUGGUGACUGAGAAAGUUUGGGAGGAGGAGUCAACAGAUGCCUCGGAGGCAGAGGAACCAGUUGCCAAGGAAGCAAAAAAGGGCCCUCAGACCAAGUCUCCGGCCAAGGGCAAAAGAAAAGCCUCUCCCAAGAAGCCUUCACCAGGAAAGAAGAAUUCAGGGAAACAGACAUCACUUACGUCUUUCUUCAAGAAAUCAUAGUUGUUACUUUGUGACUGCUGAUAUUGUAUUUUGUAUUGGUUAAUUUAUUGUGUGGUUAACAUUGUCCAUUCUCACUCAGCAGAGGUUUGAUAAUGAUGAAUUUAAGUGUUGUACGCAUAGCAUCAUCGCUCUUGUGUACGAGAAUGACAUAGUCGUGAUAUUAAAGUACCGAGCUUCUGCUUUAUCAUUCAAUACUUUUCUAAUAUCCGAACAUUGUGAUCUAUUUUUUAAUAAAAAAAAAAUGUGUUAAAAUAAUCCCUUUUUUGUAUGAAAUUUAUGUCUAAUGAUAUAUACAUGUACUUAUUCGAAACAUAUUGUGAGUAGAAUAUGCAUGUCAUACAUUUGUGCACCUGUAACUUAAUACACAUAGCAAAUGGUGUUUUGAAAUAAAAUAUGCCUAUUGAAACAAAUAAAUGAUCUUGUGCCAUA